GCUUAUAAAAUACGAAUACGCAUUGACGAUGAACCUGCCAACCUGGAUAUCCUGGACACAGCAGGACAGGCAGAGUUUACGGCCAUGAGGGACCAGUACAUGAGGGCUGGGGAGGGCUUCAUCAUCUGCUACUCCAUCACAGACCGGCGCAGCUUCCACGAGGUGCGCGAGUUCAAGCAGCUCAUCUACCGCGUCCGCCGCACCGACGACACCCCCGUGGUGCUGGUGGGGAACAAAUCCGACCUGACACAGCUGCGGCAGGUCUCCAAAGAAGAAGGCUCAUCUUUAGCUCGAGAGUUCAACUGCCCCUUCUUCGAGACGUCGGCCGCGUUCCGCUACUACAUCGACGACGUGUUCCACGCCCUGGUGCGGGAGAUCCGCAGGAAGGAGAAGGAAGCAGUGAUGGCAAUGGAGAAGAAAUCAAAACCCAAAAGCAGCGUGUGGAAAAGGCUGAAGUCGCCCUUUAGAAGGAAGAAGGAUUCGGUCACUUGA